CACUUUUGUUGUUCGUCUCAUUACAAAAUACAAACUUCGCCGUCUUCCCUCAUUCGCCGCUACCCAAAAGAACAAAAACGCAAAAAAAAAUGGCCAGCCGAAAAAGUUUGAUCAACGUCCAUCGGAUCAUCCGCUCCACCGCGGUAAUUAGCCGGAGAUCCGUCACUCCUGCCGCCGCAACACGAGCCCAUCCCGUUUUCCGAAAUCGAGUUGAUUUGGGGGCGAGGUUCUUCUCCGGGAACACGACGAGUCCACAAAACUUUGAGAUUGAUCUCUCUAACGAAGAGAAGAAGAGGAUAACGAUCAACAGAUUGUUGUAUAGGAGCAAGCAACGAGGUUUUCUGGAACUUGAUCUGGUUUUGGGUAACUGGGUUGAGGAGAAUGUUGAUUCCAUGGACGAAACCACUGUCAAAUCCCUAAUUCAUGUCCUCGAUUUGGAGAACCCUGAUCUGUGGAAAUGGCUAACUGCUCAGGAACAGCCUCCGGAGAUAGUGAGCUCAAAUCCGGUAUUCUUGGCGUUGCACAAGAAAGUCAUGACGAAUCUGAACAAGCAUGCAGCACCAGAGACGCGUGCAGAAGCUGGACAGCCCUGGGUCAAAGGUUGGGAUGAUUUCAAGAGAGGCCGUGACGCUCCCAUCUCAGGGAACCAGUGAAAGAAAAAACUCAUUCUCUUCCUUACAGAAGUCACAAACUGCAAAGACAGGCUUAUAUAAAUGUAUCUUAUAAAAAUAUAAUAAUGUGUGGCAGGCCGUGAAGAAGGCCGGAGCUAUAAAUGUGUCUCGGUAGUGACACGAUGAGAUAGAUAAAUACAGUCUUGUUUGUGCAAGUUCUUGAUAUGUUAGUUAUGUGUUUGUUGAAAUUGAUGUGUUUUUAUUUCAGGCAAUAAGUCCUUUUGCCUCUGGCUCAACUUU